GGACAGCUCCUUGUCUCCAUCGUUCGGAGUGUCCUAUGUGGUUUUACUUCACGUUGUACAUUUGCCCAAAUUCUACAACUUUUUCGACGUGUCUUCGUUCGCCUCAGAGGCUUCUUCUUGCCAACCAGAAAACCUGAAGACGAUCGUAGAUCCCAUGGAAAGCCAUCGGAUGUCAAGGAAUCUCAAGGGGUAAUACUACCCAGCCGAGUACCAAGCCAAGAUAUGAUAUUGCCCAGCAUUGAAUACCAGGUGUCUGAGAAGACCAAUGAAAAUCUCGACGUGUCUUUCGGUGCAGCGGUCUCUAGACUCGAGUCUGAAGACAAACAUGCCCCUUCUCAUACUCUAUCUGCCAGCGAUAGUCCACAGAUUGAGUACCACCAUGGCGUUACUCCGUACAAACCGGACGAACCUAAUCCUCGAGGUCAUCUACCCGCGGCAUUUCCCAUCCUUCACACGGCAGGUUCCUUUGGUCCCAAGAUGAUCCCUUAUGGGUCAGGGAAGAGCAGAGUCCACGAACCAUCUGUCAUACCGAGCAUGACAAUGCACAUUGAGGGAGAGGUUGUUCCUGGAGGCUGGACAGCAUGUCGACACCCAGAUGGUCAACUUUACUUUUGGCAUGAAGCUAAGAAACUCUACACGGAUGCGCACCUCUACAAUCCAAAAGUGUACUCGCUGAUUGAACGCUUUGCCAAUCACUUAUAUCAAGUUGCUCAAGAGAAGAAUAUGGUUCUGCCGCUAGAUGCGGAACUCGUCCUGGACCUCAGAGUAAACGGUACUUGUGGUUACUAUUUUGUCAUGACCUCUCUCAACACGUUAUUCUGGAUUCACGACUUCGAUAUUACUUGGUAUGUCUCGCGCGAAGCUGGCGUAGCGUCUCCGUCCAAGGAUCGCCUGGCUCGCUUGAUGGAAUAUGUCUAUUGGCUACAUCUCAGAAACUUUCCGCACGGGCACUCUAUACCACACACAAGGGUUCGCGAGCUUACUGGCAGAAUAACCAAUUUGAUCAUUGGUGUUUUGACGGGACCUUCCUCGGACCCUCCGGAGCGCGCCCGAAUGGAGGAAAUGCUGACUCUGGUCCCUCACCUGGAUGAUCCCGACCAUCACAGGACCUGUGCACUUGCGAAAGCCAUGUGCUACUUCACUUUCGGAGACUUCAUGGCCAUUGAAGACAUUGGGGAAGUAGCAGAACCCAAACUUGAACCGAACCCUCGACCUCCACCAAGUAUAGGAACCGUGCGUCUCUCUUCGAGAGUGGUGCACAUUAUCUUCGCCAUGCUCCUCUUCGCGCCCGCCGACACGAUGCGUCUACUCAAGGCUUUACAUGCUUCCCCAACAGGUACUCGGGCGCAACAUUGGACGCCUAUCGUUGAACAAUUGAAAAUAGGAUGGCAAGAAUCGACUGUCUUCGCUACGGUGUUGCUUAACGCCAAUGUAGCGUUCCUCGCGAUCCCAGAUGUGAUCGGAAGUGACUUCAGUCGAACUCCAGCACAGGUAGCGAGCUUGAUAUCUGUUGCAAGUAGUAUCGGUAGUGUUUUGAUGGGUCUAUUCCUCCUUGGCCGAUAUCGCAUCGACGCUGAAGACUCGGCUCGCGAUCUCGCAAACUUCAGGACUUUCAGGAAACCCUCAUGGGGUACGGCAGUCGAACACUUGGCCGUAGUCUAUGCGCUGCCAUAUGCGUUACUCAUGUGGGGGAUGUUGACUUUCCUCGUAGCGCUGUCAGCGGAAUGCUUUAGCACGCAUGACACAGUCUCUCUGACAGUUACUGGGGUAGCUUGGGCAGUCAUUGCGAUAAUCAUCUUGUGGUAUUUCUACGGCGUGUGGGCGGCUGGUGAACCUCACCCAACAGCGCUGGAAGACCCCAAUCGACCUGUCUGGGGAGGGCUGAAGCAUAUCUUUGGACGGCUUUUGCGAUGUAUGAGGGGAAAACUGCGAGGGAAUCGUGGAUAGGUAGACCUGCGCUGCAGCAUGGAAUGCAUCCCAGAAACAUGGUCAGAAUUGCGAGGAAACGGCAGUCCGAAGAGUCCGUCAUAGGCUGCACAGAUAAUAAUGUUGAAGUACUUUGUCCGUGAAAGUCGCUAGAAUUCAACCUUCAAGCUCGAGCUCGAGGUUCAAACGGCCUGAAGAUCAUUGCUUUGCAUGUUCUCCUCAGAUACCGUGGAGGCCUUCCGGCACACUCGAAGGACGUUGGCCACAAGGCCAACAGAAGAACACGCAGUCUUCGCAGUCC